UCUGGGUCAGCAGUGAAGCGCUGUCUGACCUGCAUGGCCUCCUACUGUGAGGUCCAUGUGAAGGACCACCUCACAUCUCCAGACCUGGACAACCAUGAGCUACAGGAUCUCCAUCACCACAUCCUCUGCCCACAGCAUCACAAAAGGCUGACGUUUUACUGCAGAAACGACCAAUCAGCAAUCUGCUCGCGCUGCUUUCUGCACAAUCACAACGGGCAUGAUGUCAUCGAACAGGCUCGUAUGAAGACUUCUUCCUCUAUGAAAGAAGGUACAUCAUAUAUUUUAUAA